AUGCCGUCCUUCUUUGAGGCUGUUGGGUGUGCUGAUGACAGUCAAGUCGAGUUCCGAACCUCGGCUUACCUCGGCGGGGCACUGGCAGCAUAUUUUGGGAAAUGGUGGGGUGGCGAGUCGGCUGAUGUGGAUGAUGAUGAUGAACAUUUUGAGAAGGGACGCGUGAAAAAGGCGUGGUCGGGUAUUCUGGGUAUCUCCGCGGAUGGAUUACCUUGGGUGGGUAGUGUUCCCUUAAAGUGUCGGGCAGUCCGGGAGGGAGUGAGUGCAUUGCAGCGGGAUAUUCCAGGGAGGGAACGGUGCAACGCUUGGAUGAGUGGAAAGGCGUUGGCGUAUAUGGUACUUGGGCAGAGCGUUGUUUGGCUCCCAGCCCCAUUCCGUGUCACAGAGAAAAGGUGGAAAAGGGCGAACAUCGCAUCUUGGCUAUAA